UCUACCAUUUGCUCCUGUUUACACCCAUGUGGCUGUUUUCUUGAGAGUCACCAGUCUCUGACUUUAACUGCAUCUCCACCUGCAUGUUGACUGUUGAGGACAAUGAGGAAGUCACCAGAGAUGUGGCAUGUGUCAUGUUUCCUGUCCUUUCAUCACCCUGCCUCUGCACUGUCUCAGCCCUAGGCUGGUUCUUAAAUAGUUAGCCCAUCAUUUCUGAGGAAGAAUUCACUCCUCCAACUCUAUUGGAGAGACAGGGCCUCUGAAGUAGGUGGGAAGAUGGGUGGCAUAUGCGGAAGCUCGUAGUGGGAGAACUUGCCCAGGGUAUUACGGGGAGAAGUUAUGUGUAGGUGAAGCUGAAGCGGGCUGGAAGGUCUUUCGACUAAGAACAGUCCUUGUGGCUGGAGAACACCAGCCAGCAGCCUGGUUCUGGCAGUGCUGUUUCUGAGUCCUGAUCCAUUUAGCAUCCAUCAUAUGCUUAUAGGAUUUGAGGAUUUGAAAGGAGCUAUCCGGAAUGGAAAGAUUUCCCUGAUCAAACAGCGGGUCUUCCCCUAUAUCUCAGCCAUGGUGAACAAUGGCUCCCUCAGCUAUGAUCAUGAGCGGGAUGGGCGGCCUACAGAGCUGGGGGGCUGUACAGCCAUUGUCCGCAAUCUGCACUAUGACACCUUCCUUGUGAUUCGCUAUGUCAAGAGGCAUUUGACGAUAAUGAUGGACAUUGACGGCAAGCAUGAGUGGAGGGACUGCAUCGAGGUGCCCGGGGUCCGUCUGCCCCGGGGCUACUACUUUGGCACCUCCUCCAUCACUGGGGAUCUCUCGGAUAAUCAUGACGUCAUCUCCCUGAAGUUGUUUGAGCUGACGGUGGAGAGAACCCCAGAAGAGGAGAAGCUGCAUCGAGAUGUGUUCCUGCCCUCGGUGGACAACAUGAAGCUGCCUGAGGUGACUGCCCCGUUGCCACCCCUGAGUGGCCUGGCCCUCUUCCUCAUCGUCUUCUUCUCGCUGGUGUCUUCCGUAUUUGCCAUUGUCAUUGGUAUCAUACUGUACAACAAGUGGCAGGACCAGAGCCGGAAGCGUUUCUACUGAGCCCUCCCGCUACUUCCGCCCCUGUGGCUGUCACCGUGAGCCAGCGCUGGCCCGAGCGUCCAGCCAGCCGGGCCUUCUCCAGUCUCCAGCAGCGGGUCAGAGACUCUGUUCUCUCACUGGAGCUUUGAAUGCUGGGAUACUGCAUUGCCGUGGUGAUCCAUGGGGACAUCUCGCUGGUUCCGGAAGCCCACCUACCCUAGGGCAGUGCUGCUGUGACGUGCCUUUCCCUGCAGUCCUUCUACUUGGGAGCUAAGAGGGAUGGAGAGAAUAUAUAUGGUUCUGAUGCCAAGAUCACAGAAAAGAAUUUCAUAGCUCAGGCUGCCUUGUUGUUGGACUCUGAAGACCCUUGUGCUUCAUUUUUAAAUCCACAGAGAACACAACAUGGAUAACUCCUCAUACCUUCCAGGCAUCCAUUUGUCGGGUUUUGCUUUUUGUCCAAGCCUCUGUCCACCUGAGGAAUUUCCCCUGGAAAUCUGGAUGGAAACUUCUUCCCUGUGUUGCCUUCUCCCUCCACUCAUUGCUCUCUCCACAUGCAGCCUGAGCUGGAAGAGACAUCUGGAUGCCUCUCUUUUUGAGCCUGGGGCUGCAGAACAAACAGAUGUUUCACUGACCCUUAGUCAGGUGGCCACAGGGAGAGGGCUUUUCGCUUUGGCUCACUGCUCCAGCCGUUGUUCUUUAGCGUGAAUCUUGGUUCUGUUGGUUUGUGACCUUCCCAGUUGGUUCCUUUAGGCCCUCAGUCAGGUUUGGCCGAAAGUUGGUGUGCAAGUCAAGAGAAGCUUGUAUAACUUCAUGGUUGCCAGGGGAGUAACUGGGAAACUGACCAGCUCCAUGUUUCGACACCAGAAGCAACAGUUGCCAUGUGAUCUGACCAUGUGUGAAGAUGUUUCUGGACUCUGGAGCCUGCUGAACUGCAUGUUUGGUGUUUAUCAUGACUUUUGGAAUCCCACUCUAGUGUUCAAAAUGUGAGGAGGCUUCCUUUUUAUAACCUCGGCUUGGAUACUCCCCAAAGAGGAAACUUGGCUUCUUUUUCUUAAUGGAUAAGAGACAGUUGCUGUUCUCCUGUUGCAAAUCUGGGAGCAAUGGAUCCUCGUCCUCUGUGCCUGGAAGAGAUCAUUGUCAUCGAGCAACAGAGCCCGAGCGUUCUCCUCUGUGGGUCAAUCCUUAUUCCACUGCCUUAUCUGACAAGGGGUCAUGUGCUGCUCACCUGUCUGCCCUGUGAUUAAAUGGGCCAAUAGGCCAGUCUCCCUGGAGGGCCUGGAGCUCUGAGCUCUCCUAGUCAUGUACUUCUGUAGCCUAAGGGAAAUUCUUAAAAUGGCUGAUGGAAACCAAACAUGAGCUUUCAA